CUUUCAAUUUUAAUGCUUUACGCGCGCCGUUACGGAAACGAUGCCGCUAUCCACGACCGGCCCCUCGCCGUCACCGGCGUUAGAAGAAGAGCAGUCACCUCACGACGAUGACGGUUAUGACGUUAACAAUGACGACGCUUCGUUCAGCGUCGUUUUACUGGACGAGGAGGGUUUCCCGUCACAAGCCCCCGGCGAAAACGGUUCACCAAGCGGAUCGGAAACGGCGUCGGAAAAAAGCAGCUUCGCCGCUGAUUUCUAUCAAUGCGGAACAGAUUGGUCUUCGUUGUUGUCGCCAGAGGAUCGUAGACACAGCGAUCACGCGCGCGAUUCGGGGAAGAAGCUGAAGCAGGGGAACCUGUUGCAGAUUUGGGGGUUCAGAAGAAACAAGACCGUUGGUUCCGUUGAAUCUGGACCCAAUCAAAGUAGUUAUUGUGGUGACGGAGGUGAGGGUUGUGUUUCUUCCGAGAGGAAGAUUGUGAAACGUGGAAAUUGGGGUUCGAUUUUGCGUGACACGGGGAAAGUGUUUGAGAAGCCUAAAUCUUCUAGCAAGCGAAAGGAACCCCAUGCGGAAAAUAGAGUUACACGUGCUUGUCCCUUUUAUAAGAAAAUCCCAGGGACAACCUUCACUGUUGAUGCUUUUCGUUAUGGGUGUGUUGAGGAGUGCUCAGCGUAUUUUCUUAGUCAUUUCCACUGUGAUCAUUAUGGUGGCCUUAGCAAGAAAUGGUCCCAUGGCCCUAUUUAUUGCUCUCCUCUCACGGGACGGCUUGUUCAAAUGUGUCUCUCGGUAAAUCCUUUGUACAUCUACCCUUUGGAAUUUAACACUGAACACGUGAUUGAUGGUGUCAAAGUGACCUUGUUAGAAGCUAAUCAUUGUCCUGGUGCAGCUUUGAUCCAUUUUGACCUCCCAAAUGGGCCAUGUUAUUUACACACUGGAGACUUCAGAGCAUGUAAAAAAAUGCAAUCUUACCCUCUUCUUAUAAAUCAACGUGUGAAUGUACUUUAUUUGGAUACCACAUAUUGCAACCCAAAAUACAGGUUCCCUUCCAAAGAAGAUGUACUAAAUUAUGUUGUCAAAAUUACGAAGAACCACCUCAAAAUGCAUCCCAGAGCUUUAGUGGUUGUUGGGGCAUACAGUAUUGGCAAAGAAUGUGUAUAUCUUGCAAUUUCUAAGGCACUCGGGGUGAAAAUCUAUGCCAAUGCUUCAAGAAGGCGGAUUUUGCUAGCUUUUGGUUGGCCCGACCUUUCAGAUAGUCUCUGUACAAAUGGAAAUAAGACACUUCUCCAUGUUCUGCCCAUGUCAUCUCUGAGAUUUGAGACCUUAAAGAAUUACUUGAAGACCUACAAGGAACAAUUCACAGCGAUAUUGGCAUUUCGUCCAACAGGUUGGACUUUCAGUGAGAAGAUACGCAACGAUCUGGAACUAAUUAAACCUGUUUCCAAAGGAAAUAUCACGAUAUAUGGGGUUCCCUACAGUGAGCACUCCAGCUUCAAAGAACUGCAAGAUUUUGUUCAGUUUUUGAGGCCUGACAAGAUAAUUCCAACUGUGAAUGUCGGGAAUGCUGCUAAUCGAGAAAAGAUGCAAUCCUACUUCCGAGACUGGUUGAAAGGAUAAAGUAUCUGGCUCUGCUUUUCGUUAAGAAACUGAAUUUUUAAUAAGGUUUCCGUUUAGAAACCAAUUUCCGGGGACUCAACAUUUACUGCUGCUUGCAGAAGGUGAUACAUGAAUUUUUUUUGCAUCUUGACCAUUAUGAUUACAUGUUCUAACAAAUGGCUGCAGUACAACAGAUGUUUUACUACAUGUUUCAGCUUGACCCCUGGUAUGCUUCCCAUUUGUUGUCCCUGGUAUGCUUCCCAUUUGUUGUCCGCUAAAAAUCUCCCUAAAAGGUCCUACUGCAAAGGCAUACAAUUUUAUGACAAACCAAAGUUGAAAAAUAUAAACUUUGAUGCCAAGCCUUCUGCGUACAAAGCACUUGCCCAUUUUGAACAUUGUUUUUUAAUAUCGUGUAAAAUACCAGUGAGAAUUCCCUCAGGAUUCAUAUUUUUUAUCCUGGAUGUAGGACAAGUAAUUGUAAGAGUUCUAUUCUUCAAGGCCUCGUUAUAUCCAUUAGAGCUUUGG